AAAGAAAUAUAUGAAAAAGAUCAGAAAUUCUUAACAGUUUAUGAAACCUACACCCCAAAUUAUAACCGUACUGCUGUCACAUCCAAAUUCUAUUCAAAAUAUGAAGGACAAGCCGAAGGGGAAUAUCCAGACAUCGUAGAAAAAAUCAAAGCAGUAAAGGACCGAGGACCAAAAGAAAAAUUAAAAUGGCCCGAAACCUCAAAUCAAUGGUACGGUUGGUUUAUCGAACCUUUUGUGGAAUUAGACAGAAAUGAUUACAGAUUGUACUUUCCACAGAAAAGUAGUGAAAUUGUAAAACAUGGAAUCAAACUGAUACAAAGUAGGCUUGGGAAACCAAAAUAA